AUGGGCAAGGUGUCGGUAGCUCAAGUGCCACAGGAUGUCCCUGGGAGUGCCUCUCGCGAGAUAUUCCAGGGGCUCUUCAAGGACUUGGGGAAGCAAGCGAUGGCGAUGGAAGCUAUACUUCGAGCGGUUUGUGGUCGUGUGGACAAAAUGGAGAACUGGCUGACAGAAGUGAGCUUCGGCAUGACGGAGCUGGAUCUGAAGUUGAGAAAUAUCGCGCACAAUAUCGACGGAACGGCAGCGGUGGAUGACGAAGCUCAAGGACCACAUCGGUGGGCCAUUCCUCCCCCUGACGACGCGAAGCCCUUGGCGCCAACAGUAAGCAAGAAGCUUGGAGCCGACAAGAAAGCGGUCCGUGUGACGGGAAUGGCCGCUGCUAUCUUGGACCGACUCGCUGCACCUUCGACAAGCACUCCUACUGCGGUUGAAGCAGAGAAAGUGGAGAAAUCUGGAGCGAAGAAGAAGAACAAGGAGAAGAAGCAUGGUGCUAAAAAGGCGAAGAUGAGUUGCCUUCCAGAAGUCCCACACCCGAAGACCAUCCAGUGA